AUGGCCUACACUAACAACUACAAGGCGCCGUCGGGCGAGGUCGAGACCAACUGCCAUCUCGAGACCAAGCUCGAGGAUUAUGACUUCAACUUCAUGUUCGACGUCAAGCAGCUUCGCUCGGACCGGGUCGAGCUCCGGCCGUUUGUGCCCUCACUGCACGCCCAACCCCUCCUCGACGGCGUAAAAGCCAACCCUGAGAUCGUGCACUGGCUCGGCCUCCCCGCCGACUGGACUACCCUCGACGACGUCUGUCGCUGGUGCGAGUCUAAUGGACGUCGCAACCCCGCCAUGCUCCGCAUGGCCAUCUACUCGGCCCCUCUGGACCGACUGGACGCGCCGGUAGAGGACUACGUGUUUGCCGGGACGGCGUCGUUCCUCGAGUCAAACUAUGAGAACAUGAUGAGCGAGAUUGGAUGGAUUUGUAUCCUCAAGCCGUUCCAGCGAACGCACGCCAACACACACAUGGUCGGGCUCAUGAUGCACCAGAUCCUCGACACGCCCGAGCAGGGCGGCUGGGGUCUCCGCCGCUGCCAGUGGAAGACUAACAGCCUCAAUAUGCCGUCCCAAGCAGCCGCUCUGCGCAUGGGCUACAAGUACGAGGGCACGCUGCGCGCAUUCGUCGUCCUUCCCCCAAACCGCGAAGGCGCUGAGAAUGGUCGCCCCGGCGUGCGCGGCGCAGACCGCAUGCAGCGCGACACAUGGAUGGCGAGCACAGUAUGGCAGGAGUGGGAGGCCGGCGUGCGCCAGCACGUCGACAAGCUCAUGGAGCGUAGGUAG